GAAACACACAAAGUCAUAUGAUCGAUUAGUGAUUCUGGAUUCCUGGCAGUUUUGUGUGUGGUGUGGAUUUUUCUGCUUGUUGUUUGCUGCUGCUUUAAACGAUUGGAUUAUUGUAAAAUUUUUCAUUGCUAUACGUUGUGGCUCAUCGCUCAAGAUGGCCAGUCAAACACAAGGAAUUCAACAGCUUUUAGCUGCUGAAAAACGAGCUGCCGAAAAAGUUUCCGAGGCUCGUAAACGCAAGGCCCAACGUCUAAAACAAGCUAAAAAGGAGGCUCAUGAUGAGAUUGAAAAAUAUAGAGAAGAACGAGAAAAGCAAUUCCGUGAAUUUGAGGCCAAACACAUGGGCUCCAAAGAGGAUGUUGCUGCUCGGAUUGAUGCAGAUACAAUGAUGAAGAUCGAGGAGAUGAAUACAAAAAUAUCUGUACACAAGCCUGCAGUAAUGAUGGAAAUCUUGGGAUUGGUUUACGAUAUCAAGCCCGAGUUGCACAAGAAUUAUCGCAUUGAAGCUUAAGCACACAAGGCCUAAGAAUACAUACCCCCAAAAAUAUACAUAAAUUUAAAAAACAAACAAAAAAAUUAUAUAUAAAUAUAAAAAAAAAUCUAUAUUCAGUACAAUAUAAAUGUACAUUAAAUAUAUUAAUACCCCCUGAAUUAUCAUAUCUCUAGACUUAUCUCUCAUCGUACAAAAAAAAACAACAAACAAAAUAAAAAAGGAUGUUAAAAAAGUUUAAGAGUGUUAUAUCAGCAAAUUAACAAAAAUUAGUUUUUAUCGCGUUACUCCAAACUAUUAGGGGAUUUAUUUCCAUUGUUUGCAGUGGCUAUUAAUUAUUCCAUAGUUUCAUUUUUUUUUCUCCAGGACAAUAAGUAUCUUAUCCUGUUCGAGUUUUCAAAGCUUACUAAAGAAAAAAAUAAAUAAAAUCGCAUUGAAAAGUUAGAGAAUUUGCUUUAGACGUUAAAUGACAUAUAAUUGUUAUAUAAAUAAAUAUAUAUAUAUAUAUAAAAAAAAUACACAGUGAAUAAUGUUGAUGCACUGUUCGUUGUCGAGAAAAACUGCCUCUUAGUUGGCUUAAGAGUAUAUAUUAUGCUAGAAAUGAAAAAAAAAAUCUAUAUAAUUUUAUGGUGGUGGUUUUUAGUAUAUAUACAUAUAUAAUAAUAAUCGUAUAUUAAAUAAUAAAUGUAAUGUAUUAGGUGUUGUUUCCCGUAUUAUUAUUGUAUCAUCAUUUAACAUCGAGGACAAAUUUUUAAUUAUUCUUUUUUUUUUUUCUUUUUAAAGUGUACAGCCUUUCGGGGUUCACGCAGCUCCCAAUUUUGUGAACCUCGCGACGAUGUACCUUUUUUAUUAUUUUAUAAUCAUUCAAUUCUUUGUUAUGUGAUAAGCCCGUAACUCUCUCAUGUGUGUAUCUGCUGUAAUUCCGAGGAUUGAAUCUGUGUACAGUAUUAGUGUUCAAAAUAAAACCGAAAAAAAGAUCGAAAAA